AUGGUGCGUUCUGCAAAUCAGAUGUGGGGGUCAAGGAGGAGAAAAUCGCCGUGCCCGUGGACGGUGCGGACGAGCAGCUCGGGCUACUGGGGACCGGGUGCUACUCACGAGGACACGAGGACGAGCACCGAGGACGGUGGGCAGGAGGCGUCCGAGAACGUGGGUGGCUCCGGAGACCAGGACGACGGAGUGCAGCAGAGGACUCAAGUACGGAAGAGGCAUGUUCGAAGCAGCAAGAAGACGUACGACUGUGGGCAAUGCAAGAAGCGUUUUAACAAGAAAGAUCACCUCAUCAGGUACGUCAGGAUCCACACUGGUGAGAAACCAUAUAUAUGUGAUAUGUGUAGCAGAAGAUUUGUUCAGAAAAGUGCCCUUGACUGCCACGUCAGGACCUAUACUGGUGAAAACCCAUAUCUACAUGCGACACGUGUAGCAAAAGUUUUUUACAAAAAGUUGAUCUUGGUAGGCAUGUCAGGACCCACGCCGGCGAGAAAUCAUUUACAUGUGACCUUCCAUGUAAGAUUACCACGUGAGGAUCCACACCGCCGAGAAACCAUACAAAUGCGACUCGUGUAG